UGGCUUUUUACUGUCGGUAAAGUCCUCCUCAGGCAUAUGUCACAGGUACCAGAGGAAAGCGCGAUGAACGUCCACCAUUCCGGUCGUUCCGUGGAAGACGCGAUUGCGCUGAUGGACUCCGGCUUCCCCCCUUUGGCGGUCCUUGACCCCUGCACAGCUGCUGCAGCAGCUGCAGGCGCCGGCGGCCAUGGUCACCCGCUGCACCAUACGGGAACUGGCAGAGGCGGCAACAACGACGGUCAUUCUCUUAUGACUACCUGUCGCGCGCCCUCUUUCUUGCAGCCGAGUGGCACGUCAGACAUAAUCCGACACGUUACGUCCACGUGUGGCGCCGGCGCGAAGUCGAACAACGGUGGGCCCGGCGACGGGGGGGGUGGGAAAAUCCAGCUUCAUAUGCUUCGCCAUGGCGCAUCGCUGUCGGGACGUGGACAUGGGGGAGACAUGCGGGGAGAUGAUGAUCUUGAUCGUCCGCGAAGCCAUGUCGGCGACAGGCUGUCCGACGUAUCGGGGCGCCUGGAUCGGGAGGGAUCCCUGUCUGCGAACAUGGUACCCGGUCAGCUGAUUCGACAGCUGGCUGCCGCCGGCAGCGCCAGCCUGAGCUUGGUGUCGAUGGACAGCCUGCCUUGCCACGGGGGUGCGAUGACCGCGUGCAUGCAAAGGAGUCUGGGAGCGGGAGGGGGAGGAGGAGGCAGUGGCUCGUUGGGCGGGCCAGGAGGGUCGGGGGCUGCCGACUCUGGCGCCGGGGGAGGGGUGAUGGGCAAUGCCAAGAAGAUGGUUGUGCGGAAAGACAGGCAUACCAAGGUGGAUGGGCGAGGGAGGAGGAUACGAAUGCCAGCCCGGUGCGCCGUGGAGAUAUUCAAGCUCACCAAGGUGCUGGGCUAUAAGUCCGAUGGCAUGACCAUCGAGUGGCUGCUGCAGCAAGCCGCACCGGCUAUCAUGGAGAAGACAGGCAAGGCAGUCUGCAUGCCGUCUAAUUCCGGGGGACAGGGCGAUCUUCACGGAGCGUCCGUCAGUGGCAGUGGGACAGGGCUUCCCAGGGCUCUCGUUCUAAAACCCGACCUGCGGAACGGAUCGCUCGGUGGGCGUGGGAUGGGCACGGGGGGGUGUGGGGGCGGAGGAGGGGCAUUGGGAGGAGGCAUUGGGAUGAACUCCCAGGGAACGAGGGGCGGCGGCGGCAGAGUACUUUCCUCGAAUGGCAACGGGACUGUGGUUAACGGUACCGGCCAUCCAGGGGACAACCGAGGGUCGUCCAGUCUGCAAGAGCAGCACCAUCAGCAGCAGUGCCACGGGGGGCAAAGUGACGCCAUGUCAAGAGUAAACGCCUCCGAGGUGGAACAACAGCGGCUGCGCGAGCUCAAGGAGGAAAACCUAGAUGUGUGCGACCUGAGGGUGGGCGUGGGCGGCGAGGGGUGCCGCGGGUCGGCCUCGGGAUCCGGGUACGGCGGGCCAUCUCUCCACUCUCCUCAGGUAAGCAACGAUCAGUCGGGGCAGACGAGCAUGAGCCCGUCGCAAAUGGAUCGCAGCCUAGGCGGGGGGGCGGACAAGGACUGGAUGUCGUCGGGGGGGGCGAGUCCUCCGGGAUCCACGCACUCCCUGAGCGCUGGCUGCAGAAGCAACGAAGGCACGGAGGACGGAGAGAUGAAGGAGCUAUUGUCCAUGGAUGGAAUGAGGGCGGAAGACGGAGGCGGAGAACGUCGCAAUCGUAGCUGCAGCAGCAGAAAACGCGACAGCAACGCCAGUCAAUUGUCCGGAGAUCCGGCACUUUCGACCAUUGAGCGGAUAAGCGUCCAGCUUUCGGAUGCUAGUCCACGUCGGGGAGGGGGAGGGGGAGGGGGAGGGGGAGGGGGAGGGGAGCAGGGUGGUGGUCAUCACAGUCAUCACCAGCAUCAGGGCCAUCAGAGCGGGCUGGGGAUGGGCAGCCCUCCACUGAAGAGAUGGAGAACCCUGGGCGGAGCAGCGGGCAACUCUUCAGGGCCUACCAUGAUCAGCCUGUCCUUGGACAGGGACAGUCAUCAUGGCAAUAAUGGUGCCAUUGGCAGGGGGGGAGCUGAGGGAGGAGGAGGGGGAAGGGGGGGAGGAGGUGGUGGAAGUGGGUUCGGAUCCUAUCCAGAGGUGGAUUCUGCAGCCGCAGCAGCGUCGCUGUUCGGAAAUGGGGGUAGUCACUGUUCCCCAGGCUCACUAACUUCCUGUGGUGGUCAGACGGUCAGCUCUGUGAUCAGUGCUGUGAGCAUCCACUCCCAGAUGCAGGCGGUGUACCAGAAUGCCGCUGCAGUCGCCGCCGCAGCGGCGGCUGCCGCAGGCGUGGGUAAGGCUAGCAGCCCGGCAGGGAGCAUGGGCGGCAGCAGUGGGGUGAUCAGCACCAUGGGGUUGUCCUCGCACAGCUCGCCAAACAACAAUAACCAUGGCCAAGGGGGGGGAAGCAUGGGAUCGGAGAGCCCUCAGAGUACGCCCACAAGUGCUGCUGCCGCUGUGGCGGCAGCGGCCGCAGCCGCUGCUGCGGGCUCCUUCACCAGCUUGAUGUUCCCAGCCUCGGGGGGGGGGGGGCUCUCCUGUGGGGGCCGCUCGCAUAGCGGGCCCAAAGAGCACUCCCUCAGUCUUGGGCAAUCACAGCAGCCAGUCUCGUCCGAUUCCCGAUACCUCAACAGCGAGCCGUCCUCCAGCAGCCACAAUUCCAGCGGACUGCAGUACAUUCCCAUGUCGGCGGGCUGCGGGUUAUCUCCCUGCCUGGUGGAGGGGGGAGCAGGGGAGGGAGAGGAUCCCUGCCUGGGUGCAAUGCAGUUGGGACCCGUCACGAGGUCAUCCUGGAACCCUCGCCCUGGGAUGAGUAUGCCCGGAUCGUCGUCCCCUCACCAUCCUCGCCUUCCCACAAGGCACUUCUGCUCCUCCGUUGGAUCACACACAACCCUUCUCCCCUUGCAGAGUGGCGGGGGAGGGGGUUUCAGAGGGGGCCCCGGCUCGGCUCAUGCUGCCGAGAUGCUGACCCAGAUGGCUGGCCUGUGGCCCGGGGCGACAGGCGGGCUUGGUGCCGCCGGGUCUCGCAGUCCCUUCCACAGCCCGGCUGCGGCCGCUGCAGCAGCAGUUGCAGCCGCCGCUGUGGCUAACGAUCGAUGCAUGAUGGUCGGCUCAGGGAACUGCGGGAACAAUCAAGGGUUCUCAGAAAGCGACAGCCAGAGGCUGGCCGCAGCAGUCGCUGCUGCAGCCGCUGUAGGUGCAGCUGCACUGCUCGAGGAGCAUCACCAGAGUCAUGGACGCGGCGGUUCCGGUAUGUCUGGAAGAGACGCAUCCGGAGGUAUGGGUGGCGUCACUCGCAGCUUCCCAGUCGAUUCCUCCGGAGAUGGGAAGCGAUAGCCCAACAGUUACUCAUGGUAAAUACUUCCCUAGUAAGGGACUGUGGAUAACUUUCCUUAGUUCCUAACUUGGCCUCCAGCUUGAAUUGGUUUCUUACAGAAGUUACAGUCGCUUGGCGUUGAACAGCGGCCCCAUCGCUCUGGCUCUACCGUGACAGUUGACCUCCGUUGAGGCGUUGACCGAAGCCUCCAUCGCUCGGGUGCUGCAGUUGACCACCGUUGAGGCGUUGACCGCAGCCUCCGUCUGACCGUCCUUGAACUUCAGCAUAAGACUACAAGGAGCCUAAUGGCCUAUACGAAGGUGAAGCAGCAGCUGCAGUGGCAGGAGGAGGAGGAGGGGAGGAGGAGAAUGAAGGUUAUGGAUAAGA